AAAGAGGUUUGAUUGCGUCAUAAUGAAGAGGAGAAAAGAAGAAAAGAAAGAAACGGAAACCCCCCGUUUCUUUUUUUGCAUCGAAGAGCCCAAUCCUUCCAAAGGUUGCGUCUCAAACCAGUUUCACAGACCCUUAAACGAAACGCCAGGUUUCAGAAGUCUCUGCGACGUUUCUUCCUCUAAGAAAGGCGUUCCACUCCGCCAGCAAGAUCAUAGAUGUAUCAGUGGAAAUCUCCUAUUUUCUCGCUCUGAAUUACCCUUUUUUAGGUUUGGAAAAAUGCCUUCAGAAUCUGAUAAGUGGGGAUGGAAACAUGUUAGUGUGUUUGGUGGGUUUGACAAGGGAAGCGGUACAAAAAGGUGGAAAUGUAACCACUGUAAUAUACGAUACAAUGGAUCGUAUUCACGUGUUAGAGCCCACCUCCUUGGAUUCACAGGUUUAGGGGUCAAAAGCUGCCCAGCAAUAGAUGGGUCACUGAGGGAAGCAUUUCAUAAUUUAGAUGAAGAGCGACUUGCAAGGAAAACAAAAAGAAUUUCUGGAUGUGAAAAGCCUGGCAAGCAUUUACGAACUUCACAGCCAAAUCUGAUACGUGGUUUGAAAACUAUAAAAAAGGAGGAUGUAGAUGACAUCGUGGCCAGGUUUUUCUAUGCUGGUGGAUUGAAUGUCAAUAUUGUCAAUUCCCCUUACUUUCAUGAAAUGGCUAAAGCAAUCGCGGCUUUUGGCCCUGGAUAUGGACCCCCAUCUACGCAUGAGUUAUCUGAUUACUUUUUGAGUAAAGAGAGAAAAAGGAUUGAGAAAGCCAUGGCUUUGAUCAGAGAGUCCUUGCCUCACACAGCCUGCUCAAUACUUUGCCUUAAUCGGCGGGAAGGCUCACUUAGCGGCCCGAGUGUUACUAUUUUUGUCUCAAGUCCUAGGGGACUGAUGUUCCUGAAAGAAGUAAAUACAAAUGAAGGGGACAGGGCAAACAAUUUAUUCACGGAAGUCCUUGAUGAUGCCAUCAUGGAGGUUGGGUCCACAAAUGUGCUUCAGAUAAUUUCACAUCCAGGCGCUGCCAGUGAAUCCUCAGAUUCUUAUAAACUGUCAAAGUUUCCUCGCAUAUUUUGGUCUCCUUGCACAUUGCAUUCUAUUCGCUUGUUGAUGGAGUACAUAGCUGAAAUGGAGUGGAUAAAAUCUGUUGUCUUGUGUGCCAAGGAGAUUGAGCAACGCAUACAAACAUACCAGCAUUCUUCUCUGUUGAAAAUUACACCUUUGAAAGAAAUUUUUCAUUCAGUUUCUGCCAAACUUGCUCCUUCCUUCUGCUUAGUCCAUAGGAUCUUUGAGCUAAAGCAAGCACUGAAAGACUUGGUUGUCAGUGAAGAAUGGAAGCAAUGGAAGAUUACUACUAAAGAAGACACUAUUAAUAUUGAAGCUGCCAUUUUAGGGGAUGAUUUUUGGGGCAAGGCCAAUUUAUUGUUGCAGUUGUUCGAGCCUUUUCUGAAUUUGCUUGCGACACUUAACAUUGCCAAAUCUGUCAUGGGUGAUGUGUAUUACUGGAGGUUUCAGGCACUUGAAGCUGUGAAGAGUAAGGGAAUUGAUGACUGUGUGUUAAAUCAACUAGACGUGUUAAUUGAGAACAGGUGGGAUAUGUUAUUCUCCCCUCUUCAUGCUGCUGGUUAUAUGCUAAACCCCAGAUACUUUGGGAGGAGUCAAACAAAGGAUAAAACAGUAAUGCGGGGUUGGAAAGCUACCCUGGAGAGAUACGAACAUGACAGUGCAGCCAGACGAGUUCUUAGAGAGCAGCUUAGUUUGUACUGUCGACUAGAAGGACCAUUAGGAGAGGAAGAUGCUGUGGACUGCAGAGAUAAAAUGGACCCAGUGGUAUGGUGGGAGAAUUUUGGUUUUGAAACACCUCACCUGCAGACACUAGCCAUAAAGAUUCUGAGUCAGGUUUCUUGUGUUGCAAUGUGCCAAGGGAAUUGGCAAGAUGCUGAUUAUCCAUGUAGAGAAAAGACCUACGGGCUGGGAGUGGGAAGAGUGGAAGAUCUUGUCUUUGUUCGGAACAACUUGAAACUUCAAAGCCUAAGAAAUGGAAAUUCAAGUUCCCCAUCUACACAAAGAAAUGAGGAUUCCAGAGAGUAUUAGUAGUACAUGGGAUAGUGCUCGUCUUUGUCAAAUUAAGGGAAAUGUGAUGAACCCUGCCCAACUUUCUUUUCGUAACUAGACAGAAUAGGGAUUACAAUAGAGGCUUCUUGGCAAUUGGGGGUGGUGCAAUUAAUGAAAUUGCAAGGUGUUCUUUCUUUUGAUAAUAGUCAUUGCCCAAGGCGCAAUUAUCUACAUGUAUGGUUCUUGCAGAUAUGUUCCAGGUAACUGACUUGCGCCGACUCAAACUUCACUUUGACCAUGUAUAUAAUGUCAAAAUUCGAAGUAAUACAAGCAGCUGUAUAUCUAUAUAGUGUCCCAGAAACAGGACCAACAAUGUAUGAUGGGCAUUUUGCAAAUAGCUUGAAAGGGGAUUGAUCAUGCAUCCCACAAUAUUCAUCUUUGUGCAAGAUUUGUUCACUUCGCCAUUGUUUGCUGAUAAUGUUGUUAAACAUCAUGAUAGUGGGGCUUGUACCAAACUUCCUGAUUUUAGCUGUGACUUAAAUUGCAGGAUCAUCUUUUUUCUCGUUUUUAACUUUUGAUACCUAUUCGAAUGCAUUG